AUAUCAUCGACAAAGAUGCGGAUACAACCUGUCUCUGCGGUCUUGUGCCGUCAGCUCAGUCGAAAUGCAUUGUGGCGGAUACAGAAGCCGUGUCUAUCGUCUUGGCUGCGGCCGAAUACCGCAAGGUUCAGCUCUUCUGGUGAGUCGACGUCACGUGGUAUUUCUUCUGCCACCAACCGCAAGACGAUUUGUUAUUUUGCAUCUAGUUAUCUGGCUCUUACAUCGCGUUGAUUUAUCUUUGCACUUCCAGUUGUUCCCGGCAAUUUCAAUCGAGUGCUGGGACAAUGCUUAGUGACCAUCAUCUUAACACCAACCAGAAGCAUCGUCAGAUGAAAUCAAAAUAGAGGGGAAUACCUACAAAACCGACGAAUGGAUGAACACGCCCUCGUCAAUUCUUGCUGCAAUUCCUCGGCGUCUGCAUGUACAACCAGACCACCCUUUGACGAUAACCCGCAAAUUGAUCGAAUCACGCUUCCCCGGUUACAAGGCACACAACACCCUCUUCCCAAUAGUCACGACUGGCCAGAACUUCGACUCGUUAGGCUUCCCGCUGGACCAUGUCGGCCGGAGUAAAACAGAUACGUACUACCUGAACAAAGACACCGUACUCAGGACACACACAUCAGCACAUCAAGCUGACACAUUCCGCAAAAACGAGAGUGAAGGCUACCUCAUAAGUGCAGAUGUGUACCGACGAGACGCUAUCGACCGGAGUCAUUACCCUGUCUUCCAUCAGAUGGAAGGAGCGCGAACAUGGGACAGACAGCAGGCCGAAAAAGAAGGCAAAACGCUCGCCCAAAUCAUAUGGGACGAUGUAUCUAAGAUCCCCAAACACGAUGUUACAGUCGAAGAUCUAAAUCCAACGAUUCACGCUGAGCGCAAUCCGCUACAGACAACCCACUCUUCGGAAGAGGUUGAGGCUAUCGCCGCCCACUUGAAACGCAGUCUCGAAGACAUGGUCGUCACUAUAUUCAACGCCGCUAAGAGCGCAGCCGACGCAUCUGCGACAACUUCAACACCCGAUGAACCCCUGAAAGUCCGUUGGGUAGAAGCCUACUUCCCCUUCACAUCGCCGAGUUGGGAACUUGAAGUCUUCUGGCAAGGCGAUUGGCUCGAGGUGCUCGGUUGCGGUGUUGUUUCUCAACCAAUUCUCAACAAUGCAUCAAUGCCCCACAGGGUUGGUUGGGCGUUUGGUAUCGGUCUCGAGCGCAUCGCCAUGUUGCUGUACUCGAUACCCGACAUCCGCCUGUUUUGGUCGAAGGAUGCACGCUUCCUCUCUCAAUUCAGCGAACAAAAGCCGAUCCGACGAUUCGUUCCGUUCAGCAAGUACCCCGCAUGUUUCAAGGAUGUGAGCUUCUGGUUGCGAAGUAGCUCAAGCGCUGCAGGGGGUGCCGCAGCUACCCAUCCACCGGCAUCUUCGACGAUACCGGGAGCAGUACAAACGCAAAACCAGGUCCCACCAGCGGCUCCUACUCCUCCCGCUUUCCACGAGAACGAUGUCAUGGAGAUCGCGCGUGAAGUCUGCGGUGAUCUGGUCGAAGAUGUACGACUCACAGAUGAAUUCGAACAUCCCAAGACAAGUCGCAGGAGCAUGUGCUACCGUAUCAACUACCGCAGUCUGGAGCGUACACUCACAAAUGAAGAGACAAAUGAGAUGCACGAGCGAUUGCGAACCUUGCUUGAAGAGAGGCUGGGUGUUGAGCUGCGUUAGUUGACCAUGUGGAUGGAACCGAUGCCUCUAGGCGGGUAGCGUAGUCUGAGAUACUAAAUUCCGUUGCCCGUCCAUGUAUACCUAAGCUACACAAAGCUUUUGCAUAUGUAUCAUACAUGUACAAAAUGAUCGAUUUACUAUGUCAAGCCAGCGCAAGAGGUCCUGUUCAGUGUACACGGAGCUAAUAUGCGAUCAUUCAGGUUCAACUAUCACGCGUAUCAUUCGGUCUUGGUUGGCAGAAAGAUGAAGAAUUGUUCGACUGCAGGUGUUCGCCUUUGAUCCCCUCUUCAACUACCGAUACGCUAGUAAACUGUUGAGUCUCAGAUCUGUGAACGGACCAACUUUCGCUCACUUCUACACGGGCGCCGGUAUGUCGAUAACUUAAUUCGCAAAGCCUUCUACGGUAUACGCACACUACCCAAGCUUUUGAUUUGCUCCUAUCCACCACACAACUUUCGCUACCAGAAUCUAUGGAUUAAGGAUCGAAUA